AUGACUUUAUGUAUUCUAUCGCUACUAGAUUCUGAAACAUCCGCUGAACAUAAAAGUAACGAAGACUGUAUUCAGCACUCGGAAGUUAUUUACAAGAUAUUAAAUGACGCUUUUAAUGACCUUGUUUCUGACCCAACUUGUCAACUAAAUUGGCAAUACGAUGUUUUGAAUGCAGAACAUAUUAAUUUUCAAGAGUAUCAAUUGGAUUUGAUGAAGAGAUUUCACAGUGUAAAUGAAUCUAUUUUGAUUAGUAUAACUGAAAAUUUGCAAAAAUCUAUACAAUCCAUUCAUCAUUCUUCUUCUAAUCAAAGUAUAUGGUUAUUUGAUUUAUUUGUAAUUGCAUUUUUUAUCUCAUAUGUUCGCCAUUUUCAAAAACUACCCUUAAAGAGUUUGAUGUUGUCCAUUUUUGAAUUGUCUAUAGACCCGAUUAUUUCACAUCAACUGUAUGCUUCAUUACUUCCUGAAGUCUUAUCUGUUCCAGAUCACCGUCAAAGUGAAUAUAUAUUAAACUUCUUAAAGAAUUCUACUCCUCACAACUGUUAUACACUUUUAUGGCAACUCUGUACUUUGGAUUCUAAUUGGCCAAUCGAUUCAUAUUCUGUCAUAGAGUUCCUUUUUGAUCCGAGUUUAUCCCAUGUAUCAUCAACGCCAGAUUUAUCUCUCAAUCAAUUGUUCAUGGUUGUUGUGAGUAAAUUUUACAAUGAUACUCAAAAAGAUAUAAUCAAUUUGCGGAAAUCAAUAAAAUUCACAAAUAUGAUUAUUAAGUUUAAGAAAACUGAAUUCCGCAUUAUCAAUAAUAUUACUACUACUACUACUACUACUACUACUACUACUACUACUACUACUACUACUACUACUACUACUACUACUACUACUACUACUACUACUACUACUACUACUACUACUACUACUACUACUACUACUACUACUACUACUACUACUACUACUACUACUACUACUACUACUACUACUACUACUACUACUACUACUACUACUACUACUACUACUACUACUACUACUACUACUACUACUACUACUACUACUACUACUACUACUACUACUACUACUACUACUACUACUACUACUACUACUACUACUACUACUACUACUACUACUACUACUACUACUACUACUACUACUACUACUACUACUACCACCACCACCACAUAA